AUGUCCGCCAUAAACAUGUACGCCAACCUCACCGAGGGCGAUCUUCGCUCCGGUAACGGUCGUAUGCUUCUCACUCCAAUGCAAAAGGCCAAGGCCAUUGGCUAUUGCGCCCUCCACCAGAUCUCUGCUCAUGCACUUCCUGCCAACGCGGAGGAGAUGAUUGCCUUUAUCAUCUUCAUGGGCUGGGAGACCGCUGUCCAGGACACCGAUCUUCUCGAACCUCUUGCCACUAAGCUCCUUGCUUUCGUUCGGAACAACGUCAACACCGACAAGCUUCGUCCUGGUAUGGUCGAGGUCCAAGACUCCAACACCAAGGUCUGGACUGCUACCUGGAAGGCCUUCACAGUCCAGUGGGCCCUCCCCGGCGGCUUCAUCUAUGGCAAGACACCUCUCGAAAACCAGGCCAGCUUUGAAUCGAUGGAAGCUAGCAUGAAGGUCGAUCGCCCAGCCAUAGACCGUCCGUUCAUUGGGCCAGCAGCUUUGGUUCGUCAAACGGUAGCGUUCGUCGAGGACUCUGCUUUCGAGGAAGAGGGUUCUGCUUUCGAGGAAGAGGGUUCUGCUUUGCAGCAAGCGGGUUCUGCUGUUGAGGAGGAUGCCAUCAGCGAGGCUGCUAUAACAGAAAUCACCAUGACCGAGGCUACCAAUGACCCCAACGACUUCCAGAGCCAAGCACAGGCUCAAGCCAAUGCUGAAGCUCAACAGGCCCAGGCUCAGCAGACUCAAGCUCAACAGGACCAGGCUCAAGCUCAAGCCAUGGUCGAGGCUCGUGCUCUUCUUUCCCGUGAGCAGAAGCAGCUGGCUCGUCUACAACAGAAGCGUGAGGAUCAGAUCCGUCUAGAGAAGGAGCGUCAGGACCAGAUCCGUUUGGAGAACAAGCGUCAGGAUCAGAUCCGUUUGGAGAAGGAGCGUCAGGACCUGAUCCGUUUGGAGAACAAGCGUCAGGAUCAGAUCCGAUUGGAGAAGGAGCGUCAGGACCUGAUCCGUCUGGAGAAGGAGCGUCAGGACCUGAUCCGUCUGGAGAACGAGCGUCUGGAGAACGAGCGUCUCGAGAAGGAGCGUCUGGUUGAGCGACGUGCUGCCAAGGCCCAACGCAUCGCAGUCAAGCAAGCCCAGGCCUGCCGCACUCAAGAGUACCUACAGUGCCUGCGUGACCGUGCUGAGAAGCAGAAGGCGCUCACGACCGCCGACAUUGCUCCACCAACCUCACCAAAGACCACCAACAUGCAGCAGAAGCCGUCUGCCAAGGAAGCCAUCACUCCAAAGGACUGCACUGUUCAGGCCAUGAACGCCUGCUCAGUCAAAGACAUUCUUGCCCGCACCGAGGCUCGCGCAGCCCAGGCGGUCAAGGGCCAGACUGCUACUUCCUCCUCACCUGCUCUGGGAAACAUUCCUCUUACUGCGAGCUUCCAGUCGGUUGUCGACAAGUACCUCCUUGGCCCUCCUGCUGCACCAAAGGUGACCAUCGGCAACAAAGUCAAGAAGUCGCCCAUCGCUGCCACUACGGGAGGACCGAAUGUCUUGCCAGCUUCCGUCCCCAGCCGCACCGACUACCAAGCCAUCCUGGACAAGUAUGCCGGACGCACUUCCACCACUGGAGGAACCAAGGCCUCACCAGCUCUCGUCCCCAGCCGCACCGGCUACCAAGCCAUCCUGGACCAGUACGCUCCCCGCACUUCCACCAACAACGCGAGCAAGACCUUCCGUCAGAAUGUCAACAAUGCCGCCGCUACCGACAAGAUUCCAGCCACCGCCACUACCACCAAAGACGGUAACGGUCUCCGUCGUUCUACUCGCAUCAAGACCAUGAUUGGAUCCAAGGGCGAGCGUCUGACUUACGCUGAAGUCUGA